UGAUCUCGAAAAAGAGAAUUGCAAUGUGGACUCAGCAGCUACUUGCAAUGGGCGCGAAGUAGUUACCUAGUUACCUCAUUAGAGCUUGUCGGAGGAUUUGUCAUGCUGCAAUGACGCCACUGGCUUCACCAUCGCAUAAUUGUCGAUUGCCUGGCAGUUACUGUCCGAAUCACUAUCUUGUCUAAAUCUACAGCUUCACGAAAUCUGAACCAUUACUGAACCUACAGAAUAGUCCCAUCGUGCCUUUGAAGCAUAUUUCUCUCUACGCCGACGUUUUUGUAACGGUAAUAAUAGCAUCCCCGCUUCCGAUAACGAUCGAUCGCGACCGCCCCUCUCCGCGACCCAGCAAAAAUAAAAAGGGAAAAUUUCCUGGGAACACCCAGUACGUACACAAAUAAUAGAUGGCUUUCGCCGCAUCUGCGAUUGCACCGACUCUAUUCUCACGCCUCUUCCGGCCUUUCUCGACUAGCUUUCCAUCCUUUUCUCUCACAUCAUCUGAAUCGAUCGCGUCGCGAAACAUGUCGGACAACGCGCAGAAGGCGACCCUGGCGGCUGGUUGCUUCUGGGGAGUGGAACACUUGUAUCGGAAACACUUUGGAAAUGGGAAGGGACUUCUGGAUGCCAAAGUUGGAUAUAGUGGUGGACAGAGUGAUUCGCCGACUUAUCGCGCCGUGUGCUCGGGGACGACUGGUCAUGCCGAGUCGCUACAGAUUACCUUCGAUCCCUCGAAAGUCACUUAUCGCCAGCUCCUAGAAUUCUUCUACCGCAUGCACGACCCCACGACGGCGAACCGACAGGGUCCAGACGUUGGCACGCAGUACCGUAGUAUCAUUUUCACGCACAAUGACGAGCAGGAGAAGACCGCGAAGGAGAUCACCGAGAAGGUUGAGAAGGAAUGGUACAAGAAGCCCAUAACCACGCAGAUUGUGCCUGCAGGCCAGUGGUGGGAUGCAGAGGAGUACCAUCAGCUGUACCUAGAGAAGAACCCUAGUGGCUAUGAGUGCCCUUCUCACUUCAUUCGAGAUUUCCCUCCUCUCUCGGAGUGACUAGCCCCUAAACUAUGAUAGAUGGGGCCGAAACAUGACAGGGAUAUACCGAUGCUGCCCGUUGAAUGCUCCGAGGUAUAUAGUGAUCUCGAAAGAGAUGGGGAGACCAGGUUGCUUCUUACGGCGCCAUAUAAUUGACAGUCGGUGAAGCUGUACAGGACUUGUUUACCGGAGCAUUCUAUCUAGCAAGUUAGCAAAUUACACCUUUGUUAAGCGAUAGGAAAGCUCUCUUGGUGGAAACUGGUCUGUCAUGUUGCCCAAACUCAAACAGCACCUGAGAGCCAGAUAUAAAUACUAGUGGGCCUUUUUCUAUGAUCGAUCAACGACAUAUCUCAUAUUCAGGGCUGUUUUCCACUGUUCAUGGCAGGUGUGAAGAUCCUAAUCCAUCAUCAUCAUCAUCAUCAUCAUCACGUGAAGUGGGCGGGAAUGCUCCGAUACAGUAAGACAGCGCAGACC